CACUCAACACGUACUCCAAAACACACACAAUGGUGAACAACAGACGCAAAUUCAAGAAAACCCGAAACACCCCCAAAACCUGCUUCAUGGAGGAUUCUGAUCAUCAUUCGACUCAAUCUGGAGCAUUGGUUGGUUCCAGCGAUGACCUUUUAACCGAGAUCCUUCUCCGCCUCCCUGUUACCUCCAUCCUUCGCUUCAAAUCUGUGUCUAAACACUGGUGUUUGCUUUUGAGCGACAGACAUUUCACCCAAAGGUAUGAUAUUGAUAAUCAUUCAAAAUCUCCUGGCCUUUUUGGUUGCAAUACAUAUGUUCCGUAUGAUGUUGAUAACCCAAGUACUCCUCCUUUUAGUAGUCUUGGUUCCUACUUUAAUCGUCCGCGUGUCAGAAUCGUGCAAUCUUGUAAUGGGUUACUACUUUGCUCUACUCAUGGGCCCAAAGGAAGCAAAGCUGCUCCUAGGUAUUACGUAUUUAAUCCCACCACCAAACAAUUGGCACUCAUCCCACCAAUCCACGAAAGUCUUAAAGUUCGUAAAACAAUCCGUUUUAUGGGUCUGGCAUAUCAUCAAACAGAUUGUGUUCACUACAAAGUUGUUUGUAUUCGGUCUUUAGAGCCUGAUAGAGACUUGUUUAAGAUUCAAAUCUACUCGUCUGACACAAGGGAAUGGAAGAUUUCUAUCGAAACUUUCUCUGCGGGUAGCAACUUCUUUCAACAGGGGGUUUACUGGAAUGGAGCUGUUUAUUGGGUUACCAAGUAUCACAAAUACUUGUAUUUUAAACUUGAUGUUGAAAAGUUGCAAACGCUGCCCUUGCCGAUGAGGUAUAGAGAUCGUCUACAUUUAAUAGCAACGUACUUUGGAGAAUCUAGAGGUCGUCUACAUUUAAUAGCAUACAGUAAUCACCACGAUUAUAGACUACGCCUGAAUGUGUAUGAGAUGUUUAGCGGUCAUUCGAGUUGGUUUGUCAAGUAUCAAGUAGUUCUUAAUGCACUUCCUGGUGCUUUCCCAGAUAUCAUCUCUCGGUACGGUGUCAGUUAUGAUUUCAAAGUCAUUGAUCUGGUUAGAGGCGAAGAAGAAGAAGAUACAUUUGUGGUGCUGAAAAUUCGUGAAAACAUAAUAAAAUACAAUGUUCAUGACAAGAGUUUUAAACAUAUAUAUGGUCUACCCAGGCCCAGCUGCUUCCAUGAAAAUAGUUUCCAUCGUUACACCGAAACCUUAAGCUCUUUUUAAAAAACAAUUCGGUUUGUUUAUAUACAUCAUUAUUAACGUGUUUGAUGUGGUUAGAGGCGAAGAAGAAGAAGAAGAAGAUACAUUCCUUGUGCUGAAAACUCCCCAAAAGAUAUAUAGUUUUACAAGGUACUUCUAUGGAAUUUUCCGUCGUUACACUGAAACCUAGUUUUCUUUCUGAAAGACAAUUUGGUUUGUUUAUAUUACUAUCAGUAUUAGGGUUAGGGUGAUUGAAUGUGCACUUUUAGAAAAAUAAGUUUUUUUAUGAAAUUUAAAUCUGGUCUAUUGUUACUAGUAAUAUGCUCUUGUUUGUACAUGUAAA